AAUAGGUCGUUGCGCUGUACGGCAAUAGGGGGAACGGAUUUUCUUCGCUCCCGAGUUCGCCAGCAAAGAUGUUGCCUUCCCUUCAGGAGUCCGUGGACGGAGAUGAGAGGGAGCUGGAGAGCAGCGAGGAGGGAGAACGGAAACCGGAGCGUAGCAGCAACAGUUACCACUGCUUGUACGGCUACCGAGGCUCCGGAUUACACCAAGGGUUAGGCAGUGAUGUUGGGAGUCCAAGCAAAUCAUCAGCCGAAACAUCUUCAGAUGACUUCAGCCUUUCAUUGGUGGACACUAAUUUACCAACUGAAGCUGAGAUGGAGUUGCGUGGUUUGGUUGCCAAGCAUCUCAACAAAGGAGCUUUGUUUGAGGGGAUGGGCAAUGUUAUAUCGGUCGAGUUGAGUAUUCCAGAAACUCGGGUUGGUUGUUAUUACUGCGUGUUCCAGCCGGAAAAAUGUGCAGAAGGAGCUGAUCCUGAAUCGAGAGAGAGUCCCUUGGAGUAUGUCAUCUGUUUUUUGGGAGGCUCAGAGAAGGGGCUUGAACUAUUCAGACUUGAGCUUGAUGGAUACAUUCAAGAUAUGAAGACUUCUUUAGAUUCAAAGCAAAGCAACCUGGAGACCUGCAUUCAGCCGCUCCUGAGAACUUGGUUUGAGGAUUUGGUGUGUCCUAUUCAGAGGGCGGUGAAGCUUUUCCAGGAGAAACUUGCCUUUGUGUUACAUGCUGCUCUGAGUUGCACUCCUGUUGAAGUGAAUGGAUCUGAAGAAAGGACAGAGAAGGAUAUUAACAGAUUCCUUCGAGCAGCAAGUCUUCAAGAUCUGGUCAGGGAAAGUAUGACGACUUCCUUAUGCACAGCCUCAGCAACAGAGGAGCAAUGCAAAUCAGUGGUGAUUGACUUGAAUGGGCCACAGCUUUGCUUCCACGGUGCAGGAACAAAUAGAUUCUGUGAAGAUUGGACACAAGCAUUUCUGAAUGUUCCCGAAGGGGGCAAUCCCUUCCUUUUUCGGCAAAUGCUGGAAAACUUUAAAUUGAAGGCCAUACAGGACAUCAACAGCCUGAAGCGGUUCAUCCGGCAGGCGGAAAUGAGCCAUUAUGCCUUGUUCAAGUGCUACCUGUUUCUGAAAAACUCCGGCAGCGGCGAUGUGCUCUUGAAGAUUGUCAAAGUAGAAUAUGCCGAAAUGCAGGAAGCUCGGAAUGUCAUCAGUGUGCUGGAAGAAUUCAUGAGGGACCAGCUUGGAGCUUAAAUCCUCCUCCUGAACCAAGGGUGGCUUGUACAGUACCAAGUCAGCAUGCCUCCAUGUAGAAUCACAGUUCUUGAGUAUGUAGGCCAUUUUUGUGUUGAAUCAUGUGAACUUACCGUGGAGGGCUGGACUCAGUCCCAGUUCCUCACAGUACACAAACGCGUGGUCCAAAAAGAAAACCCUUAUCACAGCAUCUUCUGUGAGGUUGAGUUAAAUUGGUAUUUGUUAGUAUGGGAACAAGCUGAGUGUUCAGGCGCUCACCCUCCCUGCUUUCUCUUGUCUGUCUGCUUGUAAAACCACAGUUUUGUUUCCCUGCGGUAUCCAAACUCUGGUUUUGGGCUUUCCUUAUACCCUACAGUCAAAAGCAGGAUCAAUCCAGAGCUUGCAAUCCCUACAUGUUAGGCCACAAUUUUCUAUAAGAGCCAGCUACUAUAGACGAAGAACAAUGGGGUUGAUCUAGACUUCCUGGAGGCAAAAUAAGCAUAAGGGCUUUGUCAGCAUUAUUAAUUGUGUUGGAAGGGAGAGGUGCCAGUGUAGAAGUCCAAAUGGUAUAUGAACAGAUACAUGUACGGAUCUUGGCUAGCCAAAAGCAGCAUAGAUCCAUGUUUGGAUCAAACAUAUGGAUUUUCUUCCAUUCUGUCCUGCUGUUUUAUACACACACACGCAUACACACACUACACACACUUCUCCCCUGCAAACAAGCUAUUUACCUCAAUGCAUGCAUCCUCUCUCAGUCCGUCAGGGUGGCUAAACUUGGAGCCCCAAAUAAAUUACACAUUGGUCAAAUUAAUUAUUAGUUAUUUAUAUUUAUACUUGUAAAACUUGACCCCAUUUUUAGAAGUUGUAGAUAAUGGAGUUUUGGUGAGGUAUGCUUAUACCAACCACUCACUUGGGGGGGUGGGGAGAAAGCUGAACAGUACAUCUGAAAUAAAAUCUAUGCACAAAAUUGUUUGUGGAAAACUAUACUUACGUACACGAUAGAAAAAUAUUUUGACAUUUCUUACAUCAUGCUGCUUUGCAAGCACACUCUUUGCUCGAAUAGGAAAAGCGUGUUCUAUUCAGCAUAUUUUAAGGCAGAAUCACUUCAUUUGGUGCUAUAACAAUAAGCCAUGGAGGAAGAUAUUAACUGGGUAGGAAAAUAAAGGUUCAUCCUUCUUGCAUUUGCUAAUUCAGCGUACAUUAUGGGACAGCGGAAAUUCAACACAGUGACUAAUAAUGAGUAUUAAAUUUGGCGAACAUUAAUGUAUUUUUGCUACACAAAUUCAACCUGUAAUAUUCUGUGAGCUCUGAUUUGCAUUCUGCUUGGAGAUUUUGGAGAGGCUCAGAAAGCUUUCUUUAAUGCAGAACUGUUGAGUAAUUAGGAUAUUAAAUGCAUUCACCUUCAAGCAA